AUGGACAUCGACAUCUCCGACAUCCUCGCCGAUGUCUCCCGCCCCGCCCCUUCACGCCCAUCAACCCAUCACUCGAGAUCCGAAGGUCCACCAACACCCUACCUCCCCGACAACUCAACGUACACAGACCACCAACUCCUCACCCGCGCCUGGACGGCCGAGCGCUGCACCACCGAACUCCUGCCGUACCCGACCCAACUAAUGGAACGCGUCAUGGAGCGCGUGGCGGGACAGAUCGCGCGGAUCGAGGAGUUGGCCGCUGGUGGCUCAAGUGACUAUGCGACGGGCGGAGCAGGUGGUGCAGGGGGAGGAGCGAAUAUCAACCUCGUCCUGUCAAUUCUCCAGACCGAUCUCAGCCGGACGCAGUUCCUGGUGCGGAGUUUAUUGAGGGCGCGACUGGCGAAAGUGGGGAAGUGGGCGGGGUAUUAUGGGCACGUGCUUGAGCAACAGCAGCAGUCAUCAGGACGUGAUGAGGACGAGAGUGUUCUUAGUGGGGCAGAAGCACAGUUUCUCAGUCGCCAUCAAGCCUUACUGAUGAAUUUCUACGAGGGGUCGUUCCUGGCGGGCUUUCCGCCGAAGAUGCGACGACUAGACGACGGUGGGACCGGCGAGGGCGGGAUGCUGGAAGGACCUGGGCGGGAGGGUGUUGUGGUGGUAAGGUGUCUAGCGGAGGGUGGGUGGGGAAACGAGGAUUCGCUGGGCCGGCGGCGGGAUGACGAGGGUAUAGUCAACGAGGUCAGAUUACGGAGGGGAGACGUGCAGGUCGUGAGGUGGGGAGAUGUCAGAGGAGGUGUUGUGGACGGGGCUCUAGAGGUUUUGUGA